AUGUGUACCGAAGAAGACGAAACCGAAAAAGUGUCAUACCAGGAAGCUGUUGGAUGUCUUUUAUAUCUAGUGCAAGGUUCGAGACCAGACAUUGCAUUUGCAGUAAAUGAUGUAAGUCGAUUUAAUGCAAAACAUGGAAAGGCAAAUUGGACUGCAGUGAAGCGUAUCUUCAGGUACUUAAAAGACACUAUAAAUUUAAAGUUACAUUUCAAAGGUGCUGAAACUCUCAAUGGUUUUUCGGAUGCUGAUUGGGCCUCAGACAUUGACAAACGUCGCUCUUGUACAGGAUUUGCAUUUAAUCCACGUGGUGGUGCAAUAUCAUGGAGAAGUAAGAGACAACCAACCGUUGCUCUUUUUAGCACUGAAGUAGAGUAUAUGGCGGCAGUUGUUCAGGAGGCAACUUGGCUUAAGCAGUUUGGAGCUGAAAUUGACGAAUGUUUCAAAAAAGAACACAUUUUGAUUGCAUGUGAUAACCAAAGUGCAAUCAAACUUGCUGAAACAAACUGUUUUAGAUCAAGAUCCAAACACAUCGAAGUUUGGCAUCAUCAUAUCCGUGAUCGAAUUAAUGAUGGAACUAUUGCUGUACGUUACAUAUCAACCGAAGAAAUGGCUGCUGAUAAUCUUACAAAAGCAGUUCCUAGUAACAAACAUCAACUAUGCCUGAACAAGAUGGGAUUGAAUAUUAAAAAUUGA